AUGACUGGAGACAAGGAACCGCUGUAUUGGGACAGUAGGAUACCGAUGAGGGCCACCAUUAAAUACAGACACUUAGCCGCUUUGGAAUUGGCUUGCACACCUGGAAUAAAAAGCUGUCAUAUUGUGAAAAUAAGACACAUGAAUAUUAGGCUAAUUAUCACCAUAAAUACGUGUCCAUCGAUGGCAUCACCAUCAGAGCACGUGCCCCAGGAAUCGGGUGGUAUUAAAGGGGAUGCGAAUGAAUUCAAGUUCGACUGGAAUGCCACGGAUGAGGAUCUCACGAAGGCCUACAACAACGUGGGCGCCAUUCUCGAGGUACUAUUGGCCGCCAAACUGAACGACAACUUCUUCAACAUCCUGUAUCGCCUCAAACCCAUCAAACAUAUUGACGAAUAUAUGUUGAAAUUCAAUUACGACAAAGAGGUGGCCAUCAGACACAACGAGGACCUCAACCUAAUCAUCGACUUCUGGCUGGUGCUGUGGUCGCUUGACUUCCAGCUCAGCGUAUGUCGGGAGAUAUUACACUGGUUUAAACUCCUAAAGCAGUUUGACAACCGGUUUGUCCUCCUUCUAAAGGUCCUUCACCAGGCGUGCCGCAGCACCGCCGCCAUCACACCGACGCCUAAGGCUAAGGAUAACGCGGAUGACGCGCACGAAGACGAAGAGGCCGUCAAGACGUCUGAUCCCAAUAAAAAAUCGACGGAAACGGUGCCGGAAGUGAAGGCUGAAGUGAAGCUAACCAUUGACUGCGAGGGCAAUAAAAACGAUUACUCGGCGACUGAGGCCAAGGCACUGAUUGCCAGCAAAAAGGGCUUGUGUUUGAAGCACUAUAUGGCCACUCGUUAUCUGCACCACUGCGUCAAGACGUUGCAGGCGCUCAACAACAGCAACAAAACGAAGAUUCAGCGCUGGAUUAUCUCCGAGAAUGCCAUCCGCUUGAGGUCUAGCAUAUGGACGGGUAGGGGUCGACAGGAUGACAAGCAAACCACGAAAUCACCCAAAUCUCCAGAUAAUAAACUUAAAGCCAUUUUCACAGACCUGACUAAACCGAUAACUAAACCAAUUCAGGAGCUCCUACCUAAACCCAAACCCGCAGACUCCGCAACUAAACCCAAGUCUCCUACUUCUACACCUAAACCAAAACCACCAGAACCUAAACCUAAAACCAAACCAUCAGAGCCCUCACCCAAAUCCAAGCCCUCAGAGCCGACUCCUAAACCCAAAAGUCCUAAACCUUCAGAGUCUAAACCAAAACCACCGGAAACUUCACUCAAACCUGAAUCCAAACCAUAA